CUAGGAGGAGAGAAGGGAUUCCAUUUCGGAGAAUGAUAAAACCCGACGAAAAGGAAAAGGUGAUGAGUAUUAUAUUUAAUCACAUAAUGAAGAAUCCAAAAGCAAGUUUAUCAGAGAUCCACGCCGUACUCAAAUGUCACCACAAGAUGACAGUUAAUUCAAACUCGUUAUCCAAAUGGCUAAACGAAGCUAGGAAGAGCGAAGGGCAUGCAGGGCCAAUGAUACAGUCCGACGUGAGAAAAAAGGCGAACAGUAUUAUAUUUGAUAACUUAAGAAAGGAACCAACAGCACGAAUAUCAGACAUUCAUGCCACACUCAAAGAACACUACAAGAUAAUAGUUAGUUUAUCGACGGUAAGAAGAUGGGCUAAGGAAAUUAUGAAACGGUAAGUUGCUAUAUGUAUAGGUACAUAGCGGUCAUCGAUAGCAAAAUUUAUAUUCGCUAUAGUUCCUUCAGAUGUCAUUUUAACACAUAAACAUGAGUAAACAUAUGUAUAUUUAAUGAAAUUUUAUCAUGUGUCACAAUUAAUACCAAAUAAUCCUUCUCUUGUACUAGAAUUGUAUCAAUACAUGCAACAUAUUCGCUAUUAAUAAUUAAUAAUAUAAAUUAUGCGAAUAUAACAGAACUUUAAUCACACAGCAUUUAUUUGAGAAACUAUGCGCACGGGAGUUUGUCGGUGCACACACGUGAAAACGAUACAAAUGUAGAACUUCUUGUGCGCAUGUACCUAGAGCUAUUGAAUUUAAUUCCUUAUGAGAUCGAAAUGUUUGGUACUAUUUAUCGAUAAUAAAAAUAUGUUAGUUAAAAGUUAAGUUGAAAAUGCGAAACAAUACAGAUCUUUGCGACUCAAUAGCAAGAUGAUUUAUUAUUGCAAUAUUAUUACUUAUUUGUAAUUUUUACCCUUCUCUACGCAUU